GGAUAAUGGGAGAGGAGCGCAUUGCAAUGGCUGCCAUGUAGUACCCUCCCUGCACAAUUAGCCAAUCAGCGGCGCGCUCUGCCAGCCAGGAGGACGCAUAAAAGAAGAACAUUGCAGCAGAGGCACAGAAGGAGACUGCGAGAGGAGCAAGGAAUUACACACAAAAACAACAGAACCAGAACACCCUCCCCUGGACACACCCUGCUGAGGAUCACUGCUUCUCUUUUUUCUGAACCAUCGCCCACGCCACUCGGAGAGAACGCUCUCCCUCAUCAUCAUCCAGUAGAAAACCCCUUUCUCCUCAUUUUCAUCCUAUAGAGGACACCUACAAUCUCAGAGGGCUGAGAUCCCUUGGCGAAGAUUGCAUUUUUUUCCUUUUUUUCUUUUUUUUUCUUUUCAUUUUGACUCCUGUACAGAACACAAGGGCCAUAUAACACAAAGGCCGAAGAGAAUACAGAGACUCAGCCUUCAGCUUCAAGACCAGUGCAAAGAAGGACCUAGAUUUCUUUCAUUGUACGUCAAGAAUGGUUACUCAGAUAAUCAGCACCAUGGAAACCCAGGUGUCCAACGGUCCAAGCGGAACCAGUCUGCCCAACGGCCCAGUCAUUAGCACAAAUGGCUCCACGGACGACAGCAAAACCAAUCUGAUCGUCAACUAUCUGCCUCAGAACAUGACCCAAGAAGAAUUCAAAAGUUUGUUCGGUAGCAUCGGAGAGAUUGAGUCCUGCAAGCUAGUCAGAGACAAGAUAACAGGUCAAAGUUUGGGAUACGGUUUUGUAAAUUAUGUGGAUCCAAAUGAUGCAGACAAGGCCAUCAACACGCUCAACGGUCUCAAGCUGCAGACUAAAACAAUCAAGGUAUCUUACGCCCGGCCAAGCUCGGCUUCCAUUCGUGACGCCAACCUUUACGUGAGCGGACUCCCCAAAACCAUGAGCCAGAAGGACAUGGAACAGCUGUUCUCCCAGUACGGUCGCAUCAUCACAUCCCGCAUUCUAGUGGACCAGGUCACAGGCAUAUCACGAGGAGUGGGCUUCAUCCGGUUUGACAAGCGAAAUGAAGCAGAGGAGGCCAUCAAAGGACUGAACGGACAGAAGCCUUUGGGUGCCGCCGAGCCCAUCACUGUCAAGUUCGCCAACAACCCCAGCCAGAAGACAGGCCAGGCCUUACUGACUCAGCUGUACCAGACUGCUGCCCGCCGCUACACGGGGCCCCUACACCACCAGACUCAGCGUUUCAGACUCGACAAUUUACUAAACGCCAGCUACGGAGUCAAGAGAAUGACACCCAUGGUAGUUCUCCCUACUCUCUUCCCCAGAUUCUCACCUAAUCACCAUUGACCAGCAUGACCAGCCUGGCCGGGGGUCAACCUCACUGGUCCAACCGGAGCCGGCUGGUGCAUCUUUGUGUACAACCUGUCCCCCGAGGCGGACGAGAGCGUCCUGUGGCAGCUUUUCGGCGCCGUCACCAAUGUCAAGGUCAUCCGUGACUUCACCACCAACAAAUGUAAGGGCUUUGGCUUUGUCACCAUGACCAACUACGACGAAGCCGCCAUGGCUAUUGCUAGCCUUAAUGGCUACCGCCUGGGUGACCGUGUGCUGCAGGUUUCCUUCAAGACCAGCAAGCAGCACAAGGCCUGAGAGAGAGAGGCUGCUGGUGCCAGCUCCUUCGACCUGCAGGGAGAGCAACCCGAGCUCUCUGUGCCAUCACUCUACAUGGGCCUGGACUGAGUCUCUCUCUGACAUACUCUCAACAAAAUCCAUGAAAUGAAAUCACAAACACAGACAUGCAAAUACACACAUUAUGCACGCACAUGCCACAGAGCAUAUCCAUACGCAAGCAUACACAAUCAGAGUUUCAAACAAACCACUAGUGAGUUUUUUCUUUUCUCU